CACAGCACGGAGCCCACAGCCGCUCACACUCAGAGCAGCGACACACGAGCACGCUGCUGGUCAUCCUCAUCAGCCUGUUGUCUCUCUGUCCAACUUGUGAUCGGCAAAUUAGAAAAUAUUGCUAAAACUCAAAUGUCAAGGCGAAUUUAGACGAUUACUAUCGUUUCUCUGUGAAUGUUCAUUUUGCGACUGUAGCGGAAAUAAUCCAGGAUUAUUGUCAAGCGCAAAAGAGCGUCGGAACCAGCAUCGUGGCUCUGCUAGAGGCGGCAUGUUCGAGGGCGAAGACGGACAGAAUUGACCUCCUGCUUUCACCUAAAGAGGAUUCAAUGAAAAUGUCCGUGUGCGUCCACGAAAACCGCAAGUCGCGUGGCAGCACGGGCUCCAUGAACAUCUACCUGUUCCACAAGUCGUCCUACGCCGACAGCGUGCUCAUGCACCUCAACGCGCUGCGGCAGCAGAAGCUGUUCACCGACGUCAUGCUGCACGCCGGGCGCCGCUCCUUCCCGUGCCACCGUGCCGUGCUGGCCGCCUGCAGCCGUUACUUCGAGGCCAUGUUCAGCGGCGGGCUGAGGGAGAGCCAGGCCAGCGAGGUGGACUUCCACGACUCCAUCCACCCCGAGGUGCUGGAGCUGCUGCUGGACUACGCCUACUCCUCGCGCGUGGUCAUCAACGAGGAGAACGCAGAGUCCCUGCUGGAGGCCGGCGACAUGCUGGAGUUCCAGGACAUCCGCGACGCCUGCGCCGAGUUCCUGGAGAGGAACCUCCACCCGACCAACUGCCUGGGCAUGCUGCUGCUCUCCGACGCCCACCAGUGCAUCAAGCUCUCGGAGCUGUCCUGGAGCAUGUGCCUGAGCAACUUCCCCGCCAUAUGCAAGACGGAGGAGUUUCUCCAACUGCCCAAAGACAUGGUUGUGCAGCUUUUGUCCCACGAGGAGCUGGAGACGGAGGACGAGAAACUUGUUUACGAGGCCGCGCUUAACUGGGUCACCUACGACCUGCAAGGAAGGCACCCCCACUUGCCGGAGCUUCUGAAAACGGUGCGUCUGGCCCUUCUGCCCGCCGUCUUCCUCAUGGAGAACGUCUCCACCGAGCCACUGAUAAACAGCCAGACCAAGAGCAAGGAGCUGGUGGACGAGGCCAUCUGCUGCAAGCUGAAGAUCCUGCAGAACGACGGCGUGGUCAACAGCCCGUGCGCCCGUCCCAGGAAGACCAGCCACGCGCUCUUCCUGCUGGGGGGCCAGACCUUCAUGUGCGACAAGCUGUACCUGGUGGACCAGAAAGCCAAAGAGAUCAUCCCCAAGGCCGACAUCCCAAGCCCCAGGAAGGAGUUCAGCGCCUGCGCCAUCGGCUGCAAGGUGUACAUCACGGGCGGGCGGGGCUCGGAGAACGGCGUGUCCAAAGACGUGUGGGUGUACGACACGGUGCAGGAGGAGUGGUCCAAGGCGGCGCCCAUGCUGAUCGCCCGCUUCGGCCACGGCUCGGCGGAGCUGAAGCACUGCCUGUACGUGGUGGGCGGGCACACGGCCGCCACGGGCUGCCUCCCGGCCUCGCCGUCCGUGUCCCUCAAGCAGGUAGAGCAGUUCGACCCGGCGGUCAACAAGUGGACGAUGGUGGCGCCGCUGAGGGAGGGCGUGAGCAACGCCGCGGUGGUCAGCGUCAAACUCAAGCUGUUUGCGUUCGGGGGCACCAGCGUCACGCACGACAAACUGCCCAAGGUGCAGUGCUACGACCCCCAGGAGAACCGCUGGACCGUGCCCGCCUCCUGCCCGCAGCCCUGGCGCUACACGGCCGCCGCCGUCCUGGGCAACCAGAUCUUCGUGAUGGGCGGCGACACCGAGUUCUCGGCGUGCUCGGCCUACAAGUUCAGCAGCGACAGCUACCAGUGGACCAAGGUGGGGGACGUCACGGCCAAGCGCAUGAGCUGCCAGGCAGUGGCGUCGGGCAACAAACUGUACGUGGUGGGCGGCUACUUCGGCACGCAGCGCUGCAAGACCCUGGACUGCUACGACCCCACGCUGGACGCGUGGAACAGCAUCACCACGGUGCCCUACUCGCUCAUCCCCACCGCCUUCGUGAGCACGUGGAAGCACCUCCCCUCCUGAAGCACCGCGGGCCCCUCGACGCCCCCCCCUCUCCCGCGAGAUUCCACCAUUUUGCAUCAUUUACUGGAUUCCAACUGUGAAGGAUCACGCUUAAACUUCCUGUGCGACAAUGACUCGUCUUUGCUGUUCGGAAAAUACCCCCAAAAAAACAAACGACGUCCCGACACCUGACUUCAACUUGAUGUUUCCAAUGUGCGGACACUGAUGACAAAGAACUGUGCUUUUAAUCCUGGAAGGAUUGAACAUAGAUUUGUGUGUCCUUUCCCAUUUCUGACCAAACAUCUGGGACUAAUCCAACACAAACAAACCAACCAAACAAACCGCUGCUUGUUGUAUGAAAUGCAAAAUCAAAAUUUCAUAUUGCAUCUUGGGCUUUCGACAUUCACGUCAUGCAAACUGCAUAGUGUCCAUUGAAUCACGAAAAUGCUUGUGAGGAUGUGUCCUGUUUUCUCAACUUGUUCUUCUAUGAAAUGAAAAGAAAGAAAUGAAACAAAACAAAAUCACUCUCUUCUCAGAGACCGUAAUCAAUUGCAUGUCGGAUGUACUAUUUCAAUCAUGAAGGGAUUAAAACCAAGAGUGAACGUGCUGUGUUGUGGGCUGCGUUCCAGAACACGCUUUGGGAGGCCAGCCAAAUCAUGAAGGGCACAAGAAAACCUUCGCUAUUUUUUAUUGGACUCUGCUUUGUUGUACCGUUUUCCUACCCCGCUACACCACCUUGGUGGUCACAUCGCUCCCCUCCCCCAAACGCUGGCGAAGCAAAGGUCCUUGUAUGCUCUGAUCUUUGGGGGUCUCACACUUGGCUGUGGUCUUCCCACCCUCUGGGUGUUUUUCUUUUCAUAGUUUUACUGUCACCAAAGGUCACGAGGUCAAGGGUUCUUGAUCAACAGCACCAGCUGAUGUUGAGGAUAGAUCAGAGGUCUGGUGGGAGGGGUGUUUGAGAAUUGUGGAACCGUCAUUGGGUCAUGACCUGUGGAGCUGUUUUUGCAGAUCGCCCCCCCCCCCCCCCCCCCCCAGGCUUAAAACAGCUAUGAACUCAGCUAGUGCACACCGAGGGCAGUAUUCACACGUUGGCUUCCUAUAAAGGGAGCCGCUGCCCUCCUUACGCUGAGAGAUACCAUGACCACCGAUGAACUACGAUAACAGGCCGGCUCAUGCUCUCCGGCGGUCUUUGGUGAACCCCUGGAUUUAACACACGCGAUGCUUACCCUAAAUGAUGGCAGAAACUGCCUUCGUACUAGAGAUAAAUAACGUCACUUUAACCUUACCAGAGAUGAAUCAGCUUUUUUUCUUUUUUAAACCUGCUGCAAUGUUUCUCCUUAAGUCUUAAUUUAUACGACGGUGAUGACGUUCACUAGCGAUACUAUUUAUUCCCUCUCUGCCUGCCCUCGUGUCAGUCCAGGGUGUGUGUUGUAUAUUAUUUUGUAUUACUAUUAGUCUGUCUUUUGCACAGUUCUGUCUCCCUGGGGUGCAUGUUCUCGUUCAAAGAACGAGAACAUUACAUUAGACAAAUGGAUAAAACUCUGCCCCCCGCUUGGACCACAUCCCAGAGUUCAGGCAUGCAGUACAAACUUCUUACAUACUCAUAUACUUCUUACACACUGAUACUCCAUGAUUAGUAUCAGUGUAUUACUCCGAUCCCGACUAGAGUUCAAAGUCGUCAAAGUCCAAAGCCGCCAUGGGCCUCCAGAAUUUCUUGCGACUCGACAACCACUCGUCAGGCGAGCUAAUUGUUUUUAGUGUGUUGUCUCUCGCCACCCCACUAUCAAAGCCCUAUAAGUAUACAGAGAGACCCCAACACGGUGCGGAAUGCCACGGCUUGCCCAGCUGUCACCAGCACAGCUGAGCUGCGGUUGUGACAUGGCUCGGGGUGUCAUCCCCACAAUCCCUAGUCUUCCUCCCGGCUCCCAUGCAUCCAUCACCAGGCUGAUGUAGAGUAGGGUCGGUUCUGAAGACGGCACGCUAACGAACGCAGACGCCAUAGUACUUUUCCACUAUGCUGUUGUUGCUAAUGCACAAAGACAAAAAAGGAAAAAAACGCCCCGCGAGUUUGUAAUGACUACAAAUGCACAAUGUCUUUAUCCAAAAGAAAAACUUGCUAACAGUCAUUAGUAUGCUGUUGUGUAUGUACCUCUAUGUAACCCAAAACAGUGGUGUCUUUCAUUUUAAUUAGUUUUUUUUGUCAAACGUUUUUUUUUCCUCCCCUCUAGAACAGAACUUUGUGCUAGAGCCGAUCAGCAAUGCAGGCCCUUUGAAUGUACAACUCAUUGCUGACUUUGCGUUUUUCCUUGUUUCUGACCUUUUCUCAACCUGCAUCGUGUGUCCAUUUAAACUGGAUGUCAUUGGAGCUUUGAGCACAUUCUGACUUUACAUUAUAGCCUAAUGUAAAGCCAGAAAGAAUUCCCUGUCGAUAUGUAUUGACUUUUAUGUUUUUAUCAUUUCAAUGUUUCAUUUUAUUUGUCUUUUUUAAAAUGGCAUUGUUUUGUACAUGUGGAUUUUUUUCACAAUGUGAAAUUCAUGGCUUAUAGUAAACAUAAGAGUUUUUUCCUCUUGACUGUAA